CUAAAGAAGAUCGAGCAAGAUGUGUCAUCACAAAAUAAAGGAAGCCGGACAUCAGAGGAUACGAUCUGGCAGGUCCAGAUCUCGCAGACAGCCAAAAAGGAGGAUUUCAGAGGGACGGAUACAUUGGAACUUGAACAUCGCAAUAGUGAAUCGACUGAUAAACUAUUGAAUAAUAAGAAUGCCAUCGAAUUCGUGACCAACAAGCUAUCUGCCGUCCCUGAGAUCGCGGAGACUCAUGAAUCUUACCCACUUAACAUCUUGCGGGCAGACCUACUGAAAUACAUGCUCUUGUGGUCCCACGGCGGUUUUAAUGUAGACAUGGAUGUUUUCCCGGCUCGUUCCAUCAAAACAUGUCGAGCAUUUCAACCCUUCUUCACGUUACUGACCAAGUCACUACAACAUACCCAUCCUAACGAAUCCCUCGUGGCUCCCUAUGCUUCGCCGCAAUUCAUGCACAGCUGGCCUUGGACAAGGAGUUACGGAUUGAUCCAAUUCACCAUGUAUGCUCCCAUACGUUUCAGCCCGCUACUUCGAGAGACAAUCGUUCACGUUCUAGCGCAUACGAGAAGGCACAAUAAGAGUCACGGUAGACUUUUCCGCAGUUGGUCCUAUGACGAAAAGACUGUUCUUGGAGUUACGGGGGCAGAUGUAUUUACGGAUGUCAUCCUUGGAAUUCUUUCCUCUUCUCUGCCUUGGACACAUCCGCUUAUGCCGAUAUUGGUGAUCCGGUCUCCCCAAUCACUGGGGAGGUCUAAGGACGGGUAUCUUGGGCUCCGUUUCGCUGACUUCGCGAUCCUGUUUGUAUCGAGGCCGCGUAGGCUACCCAGGGAGAUUCUAUGGGAGGGCUCUGCGUGUUGCCUAUUAAGUGUGUGGACCAACGGGCAGAGGCAUAGUAAGGCCAGUGGAUUUAAUGACUUUGAUGCAAGUGCAAAUCAUCGGUUUGGACGAACAUGGAAGAAGGAGUGGUACGGGUAUAUAGUCGUAUGA